AUUUACUCGCUCUUCAUCUGGGAAAAUUUGUUUGGACGUGUACGUGUUCAUUUCCUGUGUCAAACCGACAAGAGUGAAACGAAAUAUACAAGCCCUUGUAACAUUAAUCUUUAAAUAAUAUUCGAAAACCAAUGAUACAUAGUGAAAAGAAUAAUGUAGAUGAGUUAAUUAAGCAAGAGGAAACGGAAAAAGAGAUGAUGAAAACAUUGCCAUCCAGUCAGGCUUGUCGCUUGUCAGUUGAGGAGACUUGCCAGAUUCUGGAGGUAAACCCUGCUAAAGGGCUCGAUUCGAGUGAAGUAGUGAGGCGUCGGGCUAUCCAUGGCCAGAAUGAUUUUGAAAUCAACCAAGAGACUCCCCUGUGGAAAAAAUACCUAGAGCAGUUUAACAACCCACUUAUACUGUUGUUGUUGGGCUCUGCUGUGGUCAGUGUGUUUAUGCGGCAGUUUGAUGAUGCUAUUAGUAUAACUGUGGCAAUCAUCAUUGUUUCAACUGUAGCUUUUGUACAGGUAAGAGAAAAUUUAUUCAUAAUGGAAAAUAAAAAAUCAAUGCAAACAAUGUGA